CUGCCGACCUACCGGCCGACAACAUAUUCCAAAGAGUUUUUUUUCCUUGGAAAAAAACAUGGCCUCCUCGUUGCGAGAGCCUUCGGUGCUGUUCUUGUUUUCUCUGUCUGUGGUCCUCAUCUUAGCGAAUGCAUCAACACCUCAAAUGAGUGAGAAACGUGUCGGAUUCAAGAAGAACAUCAACAUCGCCAGACAAUGGACGUGCAAGAAUGCUCAACCUCGUUUAGUUUACGUCGGACAAAUGGAAGAAUAUGCUGCGCCCAAUGUGGUUUACCUGCCGUCCGCUUUGCUGCUUCAUCGUUGCGAUGAUUCGGCCGGUUGUUGCCUGACGCCUGGUCAGACGUGCUCUUCGGUCGAGCAUCUGGAAGAGCUGGUCAGCUUCGUGGUCCACGCGGUUGUGUCUAGCGACGCUCACGGUCACCACCACCAGCACGCCAGUCACGGUAUCAAGAAGAGGGAGAAGAAGGUGACGGUGUCGAUGAACAAUCACACCCAAUGCGAGUGCGUUGGGCGUAAGAACCUGCGCGCACGGAGGUCUUCCUUCGUUCACCGCGUGAACGUACACUAACAUACAAUGGCCAUACAUCGAAAAUGGAAUCAAAAUGAAAAGGAAUUAUUUCUCAAUUGCCUCAAUGAAUUUCUGACCUCGGUGGAUGCUCACUAAAACGACCAAUGCACCAAACUUUUUGUUUUACUAUCGCUUAUUUAGUUUAUUGUAUUACGUUCGAUGAUUCAAAUGUUGCUCUGUAUAAGUGAACAAUGUAGACAGCGAUUGCCCUUGAACGAGAGAGGAAAAUACACACACGUUUGCAA